AAAAUAGAGAAGAUAAGGAACGGAAAAUGAUUAGGAUUUGGUUGUUAAGUUGUUAUGUGGCGGAGAAUGGAAAGGGAUUCCUGAACUGAUGGCGAAGCUGCUAUUACUUGUACGACCGCCGUACUUAUCAGUUAUUCCAACUUCUUCUAAUUCAUUCUCAUUCAAAAAACCAUCGCAUUCGCUGCGAUUCUCAUGUGUUCGCUGCUGUAACAGUGAUGAUGAAAAGAAGAAAAAGUUAUCAGAGCAGUCUUCUUGGGAAACUAAGGAUUCUGAAGGAAGAGAUUAUCUCUACAGACUUGGCGCUGAAGCUGAUAACAUGAACAUCGCCGUUGGUCAACGUGCCGGUAUCAUUGACGAUGUCUUCGCCGGCAAUUUUCUCGGCAGAGACUCCGACAUUGUCUUUGAUUAUCGUCAGAAAGUCACUAGAUCAUUUCAAUACCUUCAAGGAGAUUAUUACAUCGCUCCUCUUUUCAUGGACAAAGUUGUUACUCACAUUACCAAAAACUACCUUUCUCAUCUUCUCAAUGCUAAAGUUCCUUUAAUUCUUGGUAUUUGGGGUGGUAAAGGUCAAGGUAAAACUUUUCAAACUGAACUUAUCUUUCGUGCCAUGGGAGUUGAACCUGUUAUCAUGUCUGCUGGGGAACUUGAAUCUGAAAAUGCUGGUGAGCCUGGAAGAUUGAUUCGUGAGCGCUAUAGAACUGCUUCUAAAGUCGUCCAGAAUCAAGGUAAGAUGAGCUGUUUAAUGAUCAAUGACAUUGAUGCUGGUCUUGGUCGAUUUGGGAAUACUCAAAUGACAGUCAACAAUCAAAUUGUUGUUGGGACUCUUAUGAAUCUAUGUGACAAUCCUACACGAGUUAGUAUUGGUCAAGAUUGGCGAGAAGCAGAUGUCACAAACAGAAUUCCAAUCAUUGUAACAGGGAAUGAUCUUUCAACUAUUUAUGCUCCAUUGAUACGCGAUGGAAGGAUGGAUAAAUUUUACUGGCAGCCUAACCAGGAAGAUAUACUGAAUAUUGUUCAAAGAAUGUAUGAGAAAGAUGGCAUAUCCAGGGAUGAAGUUGAAAAAGUUGUGAAAACUUUUCCUAAUCAAGCAUUGGACUUUUAUGGAGCUCUAAGAUCGCGUACAUAUGACAGAUCUAUUUUAAAGUGGGUUGAUGAUAUUGGAGGUGCUGAAAGUUUUGCAUCCAAAUUUCUCAAAAGAAGAAAGGACCAGAAUCUUCCUGUAUUUAUUCCUCCAGAGCAAACGAUCGAUGCUUUACUUGAGUCAGGUUAUUCUCUGCUCAAAGAACAACAGUUGAUAAUGGAAACUAAACUUUCGAAGGAAUACAUGAAGAACAUAGAAGACUAAUAGAAAGAAUGUUGGUUCUCUGGUGCAAGUCCACAGGAAUUAUGAUUGUGAAGUCGCUACCUUCAAUAAGGUCCACUUUUGAACAGGGUUCUUCUUUUUAUUGCUUUCUUAUUUUUGUAUGCAUAAUUUAUAUGGUUAUAACUCAGUUUAGUUAAAAGAAUGCGUGAAAUAUUAUCCAAUAACAGUGUAAAUGUGUAAUGAUAUCUUGUUCAUUAGAACUGUAUGGUGGA